AUGCUGGUGCAGCGGGACCCCGUGUCCGGUGCGGCCAGUGCCCUGACCACUUUGUCUACGGAGCAAGAUCGCCGUAAGCGCAAGGUGAAGCAUGAGUUGCCCCGCCCUCGUGCAGUGACAUCGGCGGGCAGCGGUGUGAGGGGUGCAGGAGAGGUGCCGCCUCCGCCGAGUGACGAUGUGAUUGCCCGUCUUAUGAGGCCCAACUAUCAGCGUGAUUUCCAGCCGUUGGCGCUGUACGGUCCCCAUGGUGUGGGGUGUCAGCUGCCAGCACAGGACGUCCUGACGCUCGCCGACGGACAGUGUCUGGCGGACACAGUGGUGGACUUCCACAACAUACUUUUGAACAUCCGGUACCCGACGCUGGAAGGAGGCAAAACAUGGUUCGCUCUGGACACGAAGCCGGAAGACAUCCCGCAACAGACGAACGCGGUGGACUGUGGGAUUUAUGUCGGCAUGUAUCUUCACGCCCUGGUUACAUCCGGCUUUGCUCACCUCAAAGAGUGGAUGACGUUCUUCGGCGCGAAGUCUCACGCAUACCGGCGCCAGCUCCGCGAGGAGGUGUCUCUCCACGCCACGGGUGACCUUGUCGUCAAGCUGCUUGGGGAAGGUGUGCAUGUUCCCGUGCAGCCUCUUCCCCAGGUGGGAGAACACGGCGCCCUCGUCUUUCCAAAGGAGGACGAAGUCCGCACAGACCUGGCGAGGCAGUCAGGCGUGCUAACCCGGUUGGAGCUAGGGGGUUUCGUUGUGUCUGCGGCUGUCAUAGGCCUGGCACGUUCCCUAGGCAUCUGGGGGGAACAACUGCUGAGUGGCGCGGCACACGAGCUCCAGAUACACGGGACGCCUCUGCUGUCCCUGUACACGUCCAAGAACCCCGUGGAGCACUCAGCAUCUAUGCGGACGCUCGGCCAGUCCAUCCACCCGGACCCAUGCCCGCUUCCGCUGCCAUCGGUCCCGUCUGCGCAUUUCGAGGAGGCGUCCCCCAUCAACGGUGAGCCCACACCUGGUCAGCAGAUUCGGCUGGGCGCGUACACUGUGGAGCUAGAUGCGGCAUAUGCGUAUGCCGCGGCAGCCUUUGUGAUCAGGCGUAAUGACCACAUCCCGCACGUGCAGGAGCUGACGGACGAGCAGAAGGCGUGCCUGGAGGGGUGUGUUCGCGACGACGUGCGUCAUCUGGUCAAGGCACGCAUGUGGUGGAGGUGGCGUCAGUGGAGGACUGCGCUGGCAGAGCUGGGCAUUGAGCCUGGUACCCCAUUCCCGCUGGAAAACAAUGCCACACGGUCGCCGGACAACAGCAGCAGUGACGAAAACGUGCAGGACAUGAUGGGUCACGUUGGGGAGACGGUGUGCGAGUAG